AUGCGCUACAUCCCAGAGGAAGCUGAGUCUGAGCGUUCAGGGGGAGUACGAGGGGGGGCGGCGUUGUGCCUUGGCUGCUCCGAGAACGCGGCUGGGAUCAACUGCCAGACCUGCGCCGAGGGAUACUACCGACCUGUCGGGGUGAAACCAGAAGAAGCGGACCCUUGCAGACCCUGCUCCUGCAACCUCAUUGGCUCUCUGCACGGCAGCUGCAUCCCCGAUGAGUCCCAGACUAAGGCUGAGUUAACGGCUGGCUCCUGCCUCUGUAAGACUGGUUAUGGCGGAGAGAAGUGUCAGCGCUGUGACUAUGGCUACACUGGCUUCCCCCACUGCGUCCGCUGCAACUGCAGCCUAGAUGGGAGCACCAAUGAGGACCCCUGUCAAUCCCCCUGCCUGUGCAAGGAGAAUGUGGAAGGGGAGGACUGCGACCGCUGCAAACUGGGCUUCUAUAAUCUCCAGGGCAACAAUCUCCGUGGCUGCGAAAAAUGCUACUGCUCCGGUGUGGCCAGUGAAUGCUCCAACUCCCACUGGGCCUACAGCAAUGUGAUUGACAUGUCUGGAUGGUUCCUGACUGAUCCGUCUGGAGAGGGAAAGGUGUGGCCAAACAGGGACUCAGCCAACCAGUUGAGCAUCCCCAACCAAGAUGCCCGGAGGUAUCUGCCCAAGUCAUACUACUGGAGUGCGCCCGAGCGUUACCUGGGCAACAAGCUUGGAGCAUAUGGAGGCAGCCUGGUGUACAGUGUCUCUUAUGACACCGAGAGAAGAGAUAAAACUACACGCAUCGCCAUUGAUCCUGAUGUCAUCAUAGAGGGUAACGGAAUGAGUCUGAUGGACAGAUCGUUGGGCCAGGCGGUCUACCCUUUCGCGGAGAGCACUAAGCGUCUGGCACUGCGCCCCGAGGACUUCCAGCACAGAGACACCAAACAGCCCGUCAGCAAGAGGGACUUCAUGGCCGCGCUGAGCAACGUGAGCCGGCUGCACCUCAGGGCCACUUACUGUGAUGAUGACGCUGCCAUCUACAGGCUGAGCUCCGUGUCUCUGGAGGAGGCCAGUGAGUCAGCUGUAGGCGAUGUGAGAGCCACUGCUGUGGAGAUGUGCCUCUGUCCCCACGGUUACAGCGGAAGCUCCUGCGAGGGGUGUUUGUCUGGAUACCGAAGAGUUAAUGGCACUGUCUUUAAAGGCAGCUGUGAACCCUGUCUCUGCCAUAGCCAUGCAUCUGAUUGUCAUGGCAUCACCGGAGAAUGUUUGGGUUGCCGUGACCACACGACAGGGCCUCAUUGUGACACGUGUGCCCCUGGUUACUACGGAGACGCUACCAAGGGAACGCCCAACGACUGCCAACCAUGCGCAUGUCCACUAUUGAUCCCCUCCAACAACUUCAGUCCGACUUGCCACUUGGACCGCGGGGGGAAGCUGGUGUGUGAUCAGUGCCAGCUGGGAUACGCUGGAGCUCAAUGCAACAGCUGUGCUAACGGCUACUUUGGGCAGCCCGGUGUGCCGGGUGGGUCGUGUCAGCCAUGUGAGUGUAACGGGAACCUGGCCACGGCGCCCCGCAGCUGUGACCCGGUGACAGGAGCCUGCUUGAAGUGCCUGGAGGGCUACGGGGGCGCGACCUGCGAGACCUGCGAUGACGGCUUUUACGGAGAUGCCAUCACACUGAAAAACUGCCAGCCUUGUCAGUGCCACCCUAAUGCGUCUCGGUCGGAGGUGUGUGAUAAGGAGACAGGCCAGUGCCAGUGCAAACAGCAUGUGGUGGGACGCAAGUGCGAUGAAUGCAUGCCCAACUACUGGUGGGACGCGGAGCGUCGGCAGUGCCGCCCGUGCGGCUGCAACCGGCGGGGCGCCAUGUCGCAGCGCUGCGACUCCGAAGGCCGCUGCAUUUGCCGGCCGGGCUUCGUGGGGCACAGCUGCGACGUGGCCCGGCCCGAGAGGAGGGAGACCCAGCGGCCCGUGCCGCAGGUGCCCAUCGAGCGCUGGACCUCUACCAGGGGCCGAGGGGGCUGCCCCAGAGGAGCGUACCGCCCCGUGGGGCCGGAGACCCACCCCGACUCAGGCCGAGGCUGCGUGCCGUGCCACUGCAACUCCUUCGGCUCCAAGUCAUUCGACUGUGACGAGGGCGGCCAGUGCCGCUGCCAGCCCGGCGUGAACGGCCAGAAGUGCGACCGCUGCAAGCCGGGUCACUUCAACUUCCAGGAGGGCGGCUGCACACCAUGCCAGUGUUCCCAUGUGGGAAAUAACUGUGAUGCCAACACAGGGCAGUGCAUCUGCCCACCCAACACCGUGGGGGAGCGCUGUGACAAGUGCGCCCCCAACAACUGGGGCCAUGACAUCAACACCGGCUGUAAGCCAUGCGGCUGUGACGUGGUCGGAUCCGUCAGCCAGCAGUGCAACAUCAACACCGGCUGCUGCCUCUGCCGCGACCAGUUCACCGGCGAGAAGUGCAACGAGUGCAAGCUGGGCCACCGCGACUUCCCGCAGUGCAUCGCGUGCGAGUGCCAAGCCGCCGGCUCCACCGCCGACAGCUGCGACGCUGAGCACCGGGUGUGUGCCUGCGCCGACCGCACGGGCCAGUGCUCCUGCAAGGCUAACGUGGAGGGGCUGAACUGUGAUCAGUGUCGUGCGGGAACCUUUGGGCUGAGCACCAUUAACCCACUGGGUUGCAGUCAGUGCUACUGCUUCGGUCUAAGCAGCAGCUGUAGUGAGGCACAGGGGCUAAUCCGCAUGUGGCUAACCCUGAUGCCGGAGCAGACUGUCCUCCCCCUAGUGGAUAAAUCCAACGAGCAGGACACCACCCACGGCGUGUCCUUCCAGCACCCCGAGAUCAUCGCCAACGCCGACCUGGUGACCCAGAGGCUCAGCGAGCCCUACUACUGGAGGCUUCCCAAACAGUUCCAGGGCUCCAUGAUAACGGCCUACGGCGGGAGACUGAAGUACGCCGUCUACUACGAGGCGCGCGACGAGACCAGCCGCACCUCCUACGAGCCGCAGGUGCUCAUCAGGGGCGGGCCCAGCAAGGACAAGGUGAUGGUCCGCCACCUACCGGGCCUCCAGAUUGGCCAGCUGACCCGCCACGAGGUCGACAUGACAGAGCAUGAGUGGAAGCAUGCGGACAACAGGCCCAUGACCCGUGAGGACUUCAUGGACGUGCUGUUUUACGUGGACUAUGUCCUCAUCAAAGCCUCCCAUGGGAGCGUAAUGAGGCACAGCAGGAUCUCAGAGAUCUCUAUGGAGGUGGCUGAGGAUGGCCGUCCGUCUGCUGUGAGCCCCCGCGCCCAUCAGAUCGAGAAGUGCGACUGUCCCCUCGGCUACUCAGGCCUGUCCUGUGAGGAAUGUGCCGCUGGGUUCUACCGCCUGUCGGUGCGCAGCGGCGGCCCGGCGUCCAGGGCGGGCAUCGGCAGCUGCGUGAAGUGCCAGUGUAAUGGGCACAGUGACACCUGCGACCCAGAGAACUCCAUCUGCCAGAACUGUCAGCACAACACAGAGGGGGAUAAGUGUGAGCGCUGUGCCCAGGGCUACUAUGGGGUGGUGCGCGGCUUCACCAACGACUGCAAGCCCUGUGGCUGCCCUCUCACUAAUCCGGAAAACCACUUCAGCCCCACAUGUGUGACUGAGGGCAUCAAUGACUACCGCUGUACCGCCUGCCCCGAGGGCUACGAGGGCAAGUACUGCGAGAGGUGUGCCACCGGUUUCCAUGGCGAUCCGCGGGCGCCGGGCGGCCGCUGCGAGGAGUGUAAGUGCGACGCCUGGGGGGCGCUCCCGCACCCGUGUGACCCCCUCACGGGCCAGUGCCAGUGUCGCCCAGGGGCCAGCGGACCCAAGUGUGACCAGUGCAUGGAGAGGCAUGUGUGUGGGCCUGCUGGGAUCGUGUCCUGUGACGAUGACUGCAGCGGCCUCCUUAUCAGCGAUAUGGACAAGCUCCUGCGUCUCAUCACCAGCGUGAAUCUCACCACUCCUCUCCCGCCGCCCUACAAAGUGCUCUACCGCUUCGAGAACAUGACAGAGGAGCUCAAACACAUGCUUUCGCCACAGAGGGCGCCAGAGAGGCUGCUGCAGCUGGCUGACAGCAACCUGGGUAGCCUGGUGACCGAGAUGGACGAGCUGCGGAGCAGGGCCACGAAGGUGUCUGCUGAUGGGGAACAAACAGACGCGGAUGCGGAGAGCACCCACAGGAGAGCACAGGACCUCGAGGAUUACAUCAAGAACACUCUGCUGGCAGCCGAAGCUCUGCAAGAUAAAGCUCAAGAGUUAAACGCUACCCUGGCCCGUCGUGACGGCGCACCUGAGAAGAGUCUGAACGAGAUGCAGAGCGAGAUUAAGGCCAUGCUGGCCGAGAUGCGCAAACUCCAGCUCUCCGGCAAGAAGGUGAUCGCCGACGACGAGCUCAGUGCUGCUGAGGCCCUCUAUCAGAAGGUCAAGCGUCUGUUCGGGGACCCCCACCAGGCCACGGAGGACCUGAAGAGCGAGGUGACGGGCAAGAUGGCCGACCACCACCACAAGCUCAACGACACCCAAGAGCUGCUCAACGAGGCCCAGGACAAGAUCCGGGAGGCCGGGGCGAAGUCUGACGCCAACCAGAGCAAACUAGACGCCCUGCAGCGUAAGAACAAGGCUGUGCUUGCCGGGAAGAAGGCCACUGAAGUGGUGCUGGACGAGGGCGAGCACCUGCUGGACGAGGCCAACCUGCUCUCCGACAACCUAAACCAGGAGGUCGAGGAUCUGGACUCCAUGAGCCGGGAGCUCGGCCCACUGCAUGACCAGCUGGACUACAGGGUGAGCCGCCUGACCAGCGGCCUGAGUGACAACACACUGCCAGACCUGCUGCUGAGGGCCGAGGGCCACGCCGCAGAGCUCAACGAGUCUGCCGCUAUACUGGACGGCAUCCUGGCAGACGCUAAGAACCUUUCCUUCAAUGCCACAGCGGCCUUCAACGCCUACAGCAACAUCAAAGAAUUCAUCGAGGAGGCAGACAGGGUCGCCAAAGAAGCCAAGGCACGGGGGACAGAAGCCGUGCAGUUGGCCACUGGACCUGAAGGCCCUGUGAAGGACCAGGCUCGGGGCUCUCUGCAGAAAAGCGACCGCCUAUUGGACGAGGCCAAGAAGCUGGAGAACGACGUGAACGAGAAUGGAGAAAACUUGAAGAAUCUGAAAGGCAGGAUGAAGGCGGCGGGUCUGAAGAACACCGGUCUGUUGAAAGACCUCAACGACACCCUAGGAAUGCUGGGUACUAUCCCUAACGAUACGGCGAAGAUAAUCCAGGCCACCAAGGAGAAGGCGGGCGAGGCCAACGAGACGGCCAAUGACGUGUUAGCGCGCCUCCGCGACAUGAACGUCAACCUGAUGGGCAUCCAGCGGAACUACAGCAAGCUGGCCGACGACGUCAGCAAGGCCAACAACAUGAUCCAGGACCCCGACAAAAACACGAUAAUUCAUGCAGCGGGGGCUAAAGUCAGGGAUCUGGAGAACGAGGCGGACCGUCUGCUGGAGAAGCUGAAGCCAAUGAAGGAGCUGCAGGACAACCUGAAGAAGAACAUCUCACAGAUCAAAGAGCUCAUCAACCAGGCCCGCAAGCAGGCCAACUCAAUCAAAGUGUCCGUGUCCUCCGGUGGAGACUGUAUCCGUGCCUACCGGCCCGACAUCAAGAAGGGCAGCUACAACACCAUCGUCCUCAACGUCAAGACCACCACGGCGGACAACCUGCUCUUCUACCUGGGCAGCGCCAAAUAUGUGGACUUCCUGGCCAUCGAGAUGCGGAAGGGCAAGGUGAACUUCCUGUGGGACGUGGGCUCGGGAGUGGGCCGGGUGGAGUACGCCGACCUGGCCAUCAACGACGGCAACUGGCACCGCAUCGAGGCCACGCGGAGUGGCCUGAACGGCAGCAUCUCUGUGCACCCCCUAGAAGGGCCCAGAGCGGGCAUCCUCCCCACCUCCACCAGCGCACUCUCUCCACAGACUUACACUGUCCUGGAUGUAGACCAGAACGCUUACCUGUUUGUCGGUGGCAUCUUGGGCACAGUAAAGAAAGCAGACGCAGUGAAAACCACCACCUUCAAUGGCUGCAUGGGAGAGGCGUACCUGGACAAGAAACCCAUCGGCCUGUGGAACUACAGAGACAGGGAGGGGGACUGCAAGGGAUGUGCAGUGAGUCCUCAGCCUGCUGAUUCUGAGGGAACUGUACAGUUUGAUGGAGAGGGCUAUGCAGGAGUGAGUAAACCCACUCGCUGGAACCCCAACAUCUCCACAGUGAUGUUCAAGUUCCGUACCCUCUCUUCCAAUGCACUGGUCAUGUACCUUGCCACCAAAGACAUGAAGGACUUCAUGAGUGUGGAGCUGACUGACGGCCGGAUGAAGGUCAGCUUCGACCUUGGCUCAGGCACCGGCUCAGUCACCACCACCAGGCGCUACAACGACGGCAAAUGGAAGUCCUUCACCAUGUCACGCAGCAAGAACCAAGGUACAGUGACUGUAGUAGACGUGGACAGUGGCGAAGAGGAAAGAGUGGAUGUGUCCUCCAAAGGCAGCAGCUCCGGACUCAACCUAAAGGACGAACGGAUCUACUUUGGCGGCUUACCUAUCGUAGGCAAUUACAGUAUCAAGUCAAGGCCUGAGGUCACUACAAAGAGAUUUGCAGGCUGCUUGAAAGACAUAGAAGUUUCCAGAACGCCAUACAAUCUACUGAGCAGCCCUGAUUACACUGGUCUGUCCAAGGGCUGUUCCAUAGAGAACCUGCACACGGUCAGCUUCCCCAAGCCAGGCUUCAUGGAGCUGCCGCCCGCCCCCUUCAGCGUGGGCACUGAGAUCUCUCUCUCCUUCAACACCAAGAGCGACACGGGCAUCAUCCUCUACGGCAAGGGGGGCAUCCCGCUCUUCCAGACGCCCAGGAGGAGGCGCAGACAGACGGGAGAGCCCUUCCUGUUGGUGCAGCUGAAUAAAGGAGACCUGGAAGUGGUGGUGUUCACUGGCAGACAGAACCCACGCAAGAUCGUCCGCACGCCUGACGAGGGCAUCCUGCACGACGGGCGUGAGCACUCACUCCGCAUCGAGAGGAUUGGAGGUGCAUUCUCCGUGCUGGUGGACGAGGAGCAGAGGCUGGAGCAGAACUUGCCUAACGGCCACCCUCUGAACAUCGAGCGCCUCUUCGUCGGGGGGCUCCCACCAGACGUAGAGGCCAGCACCCAUCAGCCCAACCUGCCCUUCGAGGGCUGCAUCUGGAACCUUCUCGUCAACACUGUUCCGGUGGACUUCUCCCAACCAGUGGCCUUCGAGAACGCUGAGAUAGGGCAGUGCCCCAGCCUCGCCCCUCCGCCACCACUUGGCCCAGUACCUGAGGAAGAGGAGGAGGAGGAGGAAGAGGAGGAGGAGAAGCCAGGUCAACCCACACCAGCAGGACCCAUUCUGCCACCUCCUGCACCAUCUACCGCCACCCCCCCAGCCCCAGCCGAGACCACCAGUGCCCCAGAGGAGACCCCCGUCAAGCCCCCUGUUGAUCCUGAUGCUGCUGCGAUCUCAUGUGCUGCUGAGGCUCCCCCUGGUGGCCUGGAGAUGGCCAAGCAGUUUGGACUCUCCAGAAACAGCCACAUGGCCUUUGGGUUUGAUGACACCAAGGUCAAGAACAGGCUGAUCAUUGAGUUUGAGAUCCGGACAACGGCCGAGUCCGGCCUGGUGUUCUACAUGGCCCGGAUCAACCACGCAGACUUUGCCACGGUGCAGCUGAAGGAGGGACAGGCCUACCUGGGCUUUGACCUGGGCAGCGGAAACACGUCCAUUGGCGUGCCUCGCACCAUCAACGAUGGAAAGUGGCACAAGAUCCGGGUGGCAAGGCAGAAGCAGACGGGCAUGCUGACGGUGGACGGGCGCUUCUCCAAACAGACCAAGAGCCCCAAGAAGGCAGACAUCCUGGACGUGGUGGGCGUGCUCUAUAUCGGUGGGCUCCCAGUCAAUUACACUACCAAGAGGAUCGGCCCAGUGGUCUACAGCAUUGAUGCUUGCAUCAGGAAAUUUAAAAUGCUCGGCACUGAAUUGGACCUUGAAAACCCCACGUCCAGUUACCACGUCGGCACUUGUUUUGCCCAUCCUGAAAAGGGCACCUACUUUGAUGGCACAGGCUAUGCCAAAGCAGUGGCCUCGUACAGAGUUGGUCAAGAGGUGUUAGUGGAGCUAGAGUUCCGCACGUCUCGAAGUGAUGGAGUUCUCAUGGGUGUCAGCAGCCAGGUGCAAGAUGGGAUGGGCAUCGAGCUGCACAAUGGCAAGCUUCUCUUCAGUGCUGAUAACGGCGUGGGCGUCGCCACCGCUGUCUAUGAGCCUGAGGAGGAGGCGGGGCUCUGCGAUGGCCAGUGGCACACCGUCUCCGCCCGUAAGAUCAAGCACCGCCUGGAGCUGGUGGUGGACGGCAAGAAGGUAGAGGCGGCCAGCCCCGGCGCCCACUCCCCAUCUGCGGACACCAGCGACCCCGUGUACUUUGGUGGCUACCCAGCUGGACUGAAGCAGUUUGGGCUGACCACUAGCACGCCGUUUAAGGGCUGCAUACGCAACGCUAAGAUCAUAAAAAGCGGGAAGGCCCUGGAGGUCCACUUCAACAAGGCCCUGGAACUGGAGGGAGUCCAACCACUCUCUUGCCCUGCCGCGUAAACCCAACCCACUGAUCCCCGGACUUGUCAGUGGGCCAGCACAAGACUAGCACAAACUUACACCAAAAUCACCUAAAAACCAAAAUCUAGGCUAUGUGAAAGGCCACUCCUCAAACUGGUUCAGACUAACCAGUCCAAGAACUUGGCAUUUUAAAGCAGUUUUAACUGAGUGUUAUUGGAAUUCCCAACCACCUGAUAGUAAACCCAUAUUGAGUGUUGAAUGUGGACUCUUUUAAAUAAAAAUACAAGGAUUUUGUGUUGCAUGGUUCCAUAGAUAAAUGUCUGUCAUCUUGUCUGUCAGCAGUUCAGUGUUCCCUGUAGCUUUUUUUGCAUGGUGUGGACUUGCUGUACAGUGUAUGCUGCAGUAUUAAUAUACUCCCCCUGAAGGCACUUAAA